AUGAUCAACGGUGCUGCGCAUAGUGCACCGAAGGGGGCCGAAGCGCUUCCUUCAACAUACCACCCAGUGACGACCUCCUUAGAUUCCCUGCCGCAUCUCACGCCUCAAGUUAAGCUAUUCUUAGCGGCGCGCUGCUUCUUCGUGGCGCUCGGUCUACUCCUCGUAACUUUCCACUUCUUCAAGGACUCUGCCACAUGGCACUCGCCUAUUGAGUGGUUCGAUAUGAGUACAUUCAAUCAUGCUAAGUUAACGGCGGCAUUCCGCCCUUUCGGUGCUAAUAUCUCGGGGAGCGUUUACCAGGAAGGAUUUGCGGCUGUACCUUCUGAUUCCCCACCCGCUGUAUCCUUACCUGCUGAAUCCCCACCGGCCGUGCCCUUACCUGCUGAUUCCCCACCAGCUGUAUCCUUACCUGUUGAUUCCCCACCGGCUGUAUCCUUACCUGUUGAUUCCCCACCGGCUGUAUCCUUACCUGCUGAUUCCCCACCGGCUGUACCCUUACCUGCCGAAUCCCCACCGACUGUAUCCUUGCCUGCUGAAUCCCCGUCGGCUAAGCCCCCGCCUGAAGGGGAUGGCCCUCUCGUCGCUUUCGAUCGCGCUUUCGCCGCCCUGAUCUCCAAGCUGCGGCUGUGGCACAAGCUGCGGCUGUGGCAGCAGACGGAGUACACCAAGCUGCUCUUUAUUGACUCGGACCUGCUCCUCUUGAACAGCAUUGACUUUCUCUUCUCCUACCCCGAGAUCUCCGCCCGCGGAAACGACGGCACAGAUUUCAACUCAGGCGUGAUGGUCUUGGAGCCGUCGGAUUGCAUGUUUGACCUGCUGAUGGCAAAUCUAGAGCGAGUGCGAUCGGAGAAUGGAGGGGACCAGUUGAAAGGAGUGCGAUCGGCUAACGACUGGGACCAGCCAGGGCAGCAGGGCGCGCACAGGGCAGCAGGGCAGCAGGGCGCGCAGGGCGCAGCAGGGCUGCAGGGCGCGCGGGGCGCGCAGGGCAGCAGCAAGGGCUGUAGCGUCAGCAGCAGGGCAGUAGGGCGCACAGGGCUGCAGGGCAGCACAGGGCUGCAGAUCCCCUCCCCCCACCGCUGCACCCGCAGCAGGGGUGGAGGAGAAAAGGGGGGGGGGCUGAUGCUGCAACUCCCCUCCCCCCACUGCUGCUGCAGAUCCCCUCCCCCCACUGCUGCAACCGCAGCAGGGGUGGAGGAGAAAAAAAGGGGGGGGGGGCGGGGGGGGCUAUCCCCUCCCCCCCCACUGCUGCACCCGCAGCAGGGGGGAGGUAGGAGAAGGGGCGGUGCAGGAGCCGCUCGGGUGACAGCAGGUCCCCUCCCCCCCUCUGCUGCUCCCGCAGCAGGGGGAGGUAGGAGAAAGGUGGGGGACCUGGGGGGGGAGAGGGGGGAGGGGGGCGGGGGCGGAGCUGCGCGUGCGACUGAAGGGCACGUGGGCAGGAGGAACCCCCUCUUGCCACCCCCUCACCCACCAUGGCGCAACAGGGCACCGGGGCCGCGGUUAGGGGCGGCAGGUCGCGAGGGGCCAUGGCUAGGGGCGACGGGGCCGGGCGCUGGGCAGGUACGGGGCCGGGCGCUGGGCAGGAACGGGGCCGGGCGCUGGGCAGGUACGGGGCCAGGCGCUGAGCAGGGACUGGACCGGGCGCUGGGCAGGUACGUGGCCGGGCGCUGGGCAGGAAUGGGGCCAGGCGCUGGGCAGGGACUGGGCCGGGCGCUGGGCAGGUACGGGGCCAGGCGCUGGGCAGGUACUGGGCCGGUCGCUGGGCAGGUAUGGGGCCGGGCGCUGGGCAGGUACGGGGCCUGGCGCUGGGCAGGUACGGGGCCGGGCGCUGGGCGCGGAAUGGGGCCGGACGUGGGGCUAGGUACGGGGCCGGGCGCGGGCAAGAGACGGGGCCGGGCGCUGGGCGAAGGACGGGGCCAGGCGCGGGCUUGGUACGGGCCGGGCGCAGGCUAG